AUGACGCGUAAAGGCGCUGCAAAACAACAAAAAAUUAGUGAUCCCAAGUUCAUUUCAUACGUCGCUCCAAAAGCCCUAAAGGAAGCUGUUAUUUCUACACCAGCUCCUUCGUCUUCUUCAACCUCAACUUCUGUCUCCACCAACUUAGAUUUAGAAAUUGUUCAAGAAGUUUUUG